CAAAAUCUCGAUCGCUUUCCGUCAAGGUAGUCCCUCACCUUCGCUGCAACUACUUUGAAACAGAGCUUUCGACUCAUACAUCGCGUUUAUUGGAUCAGUUAAUUAAUAAUAUUUCGAUUAAAUGUGGUUUUGCCCCGCCUUUCCCCCAAUUCUUAUUGUUUACAAUUGGUUUUUUGGUUGAUGAUGAGAUGGAUAGUAUGGACUGAAGUGAUGUUUGGAUCCAGGUAUCGUUGGAGUAUUUUGAAGAGGGUCAGUGACAAUGGUUGAGAAAUCAAAGGGCAGAAAGGAGGAGGUCGUUACCAGGGAGUACACCAUCAACCUCCACAAGCGGUUGCAUGGCUGCACCUUCAAGAAGAUGGCCCCCAAGGCCAUAAAGGAGAUCAGGAAGUUUGCUCAGAAGUCGAUGGGGACGAAGGAUGUGAGGGUGGAUGUGAAGCUUAACAAGCACGUGUGGAGUAGGGGGAUCCGAAGUGUCCCGAGGAGAGUUAGGGUUCGCAUUGCCCGGAAGAGGAACGAUGAUGAAGAUGCAAAAGAGGAGCUUUACUCACUUGUUACCGUUGCAGAAAUUCCACCUGAAGGGCUGAAGGGAUUGGGCACAAAGGUUAUUGAAGAAGGGGAGUGAGGCACUGUUAGGUAGGAUAGAGAAUUUAGAGAAUUUCAACCAGACAGGUCUGAGAAUUUUUGGUUGUUUCAAGACUGAAAUCAGAUUUUUUCAGUUGUUCAAAACAACAGUAUUGAUGUCUUUGUUUUGUAGUCACUACUACUUUUCUGGCUUUGAAUGUUUUUCAAUUCCUCA